ACCCAGUCCUUCACCAAUCUUUUUCUUGCUCUCUCCCCUGUUAAGAUCCCUUAACAAAUCAAUUUCAAAUUCAGUUUUUAAAUUUUUGAAAAGGUGAUUAUUUUUUUCUUUCCUUUCUUUUUUUUCUUGGAGACAGGGUUUCUCUGUGUGGCCCUGGCUGUCCUGGAACUCACUAAGAUCUGCCUGCCUCCCUAAUGCUGGCAUUAAAGGUGUCUGUCACUUCCCAGCUGCAAAUACACUUCUUAAAGGGCAAGAUUUAAUAAAUACUAAGGCUCAGGAAUCUGCAAACUGGCUCGGCUAAUUCCAGGAGUAAAACAGCUCUGGAUCUGGGACACUGUUCCUUUUGGAGAGUGAUUUUUUUAGUUCAUUUUUCCUUUCACACUAUAGGAAAUACUUUUUUGAUGGUUUUCUUCAAACAUUCUCAAGGCUCUGGAAGCCCAUUUUAAUCAUCAGGCAGUUCUAAACCCAAUCUCAAAGUAAUGGGCUUCUUAUCUAUUCUUACCUAGCAUUAGUCUGAGAAAGUCAUGGUCAGUAUCUAACCCCAAAUACUCUGGCAAGAAAUAACAGGUUACAGUCACUGACUUUUGGUCCUUAACAUGCAAAGGUAAGAGGGAAAAUUUGGGUCUCUCACCCUUAAUAAAUCGAUAUUUAGGAAACACUACAAGUGAGUCAUAAGAUAUAUUAAAUGUACAAGAUGCAUGAAAUAACCAGAUCACAAAUCUGUAGUUCUUACACGCAGAAAUAAGUGGUAUAGGGGGCUGGAGAGAUGGCUCAGUGGUUCAGAGUGCUUCUGCUGGCUAUUCUUCCAGAGGUCCUGAGUUCAAUUCCCAGCAACCACAUGGUGGUGCAUAACCAUCUAUAAUGUGAUCUGAUACCCUCUUCUGGAAUGCAGACAGAAUACUGUAUACAUGCAUAAUAAAUAAAUAAAUUUUAAAAAAGAAAUAAGUGGUAUAUAUAAAAAAACUAUAACUAAAUGUGAAGCAGUUAGCAUAUACUAAUACAAAACGUUUCACAGGGUCAGGCCCUAAGGCAGGGAGUGGCAUUUGUUUAAGAACUCUAUUUUCUGCAGCUUCAGGAAGAGGCUGCUUCACUUGAUUAGUUGUUUCCUUAUCUUCCUGAAUUCGGUGUCUCUCCUACUUACUAAGUCAGCUAUAGAGAGAUAAUAAGCUAAGGCUUUUCUGCCAAAAAAACAAAACAAAAAGCCUAAAGCAACCUACCCAGACAAAGCCUUAAUAUUCAAACAUCUCUCUCAUAUUCUCUACUGAGACUAAGCUUCACUUGUCCAUAAUUCAGAAAGGAAAAUAACAAACCAGAGACAUAAAGAAAAGAAUGAAAGAAUAUCAGAAAGACUUGAAGAAGAGAGGAGAAAAAGAAACAGAGGGAAAUUGGAAUUCUAAAUCAGCAUUUUAUUUGCAAGUUUAGGACAGAGUGAUUAAGAUAUCCUGGGCUGGAUAGACCUACUUUCAAUUUCAGUCCUGCUACUACCUAUGUGACUUAUUUACCCUCCAUAAACUGAUUGUCUUUGUUAAUAAAGGUAGGGAUAUCUACUUUAUAUUAAAAAAAAAUAGUAUGUCUGGCAAUCGUUAGUAAAUCCUUAAUAAACAACUAUUAAGAACUACAAUUUGAAUGGUAAAGUGUUAUCACGGUAUAUAUGGCCAAUGUGUGAUGAAAAAUGACUAGAAGUAGUGAUUAAUCUACACCAUGUAAUUACGUCUAGGCAUAUUAAAGGAUAGAAAUAUCGGAAUAUGACUGUAAGGUUAAGAGGGCUCAUUCAAAGGAUGAAUGCAAAGUGUGGGGUGAGAGACACAUGUCUAGACUGAGUGGAGCCACCUCUAUACUCAUCUAGGCGCAGCUAAAUUUGUAAGAUCAAUCCAGACAGUUUGUGUCGGCUACCACGCGCCUGAGACUGUAACAGAUGACAAGAAGUACAAAGAAAUAAGACACUUUCUACUCUCGAGAACCUUACAAUUUAGUUGAAACUGAAAACAUUCAAAAAUAAAGUAUGACGUUCUUACGAGCAGAUUUUUCAGUACAGUAAGAAACAAGAAAAAAGAAUGAAAGAUUCGGAGUCCUUGGCAAGAAAUUAAUGGUGGCCAGGCGGAACGGGGUGGGUGAAGGCCAGAUUCUGACCUCCGUGAACGAUGCUUGAAAAGAACGGAGCUGACAGCACUCCAGGAAUGACAACCUACACGUAUUCAGGUACGAGGAACCUUCCCAUCAGGGUGAAAGAAAACAUGAGAACUCUUUUAGGCUUAUUUUCUUUCCCUCUGUAUUUCCCACUCUCAGUCCUCCAAGCCAGUUGUGUGGGAUGCAGCAGCAGGUCGCAGCUCCCUCGGGGUCAAGAGUCCUCCUCAGCUGACCCCAGCUGGGAACGCCGCAGAACUGGUUCCUGAAAGAGAAGGUUUACCCAGCUCCACUACGCCUCAGCCACUCCGGGCUUUCCGGACAGCGGAAGUGUCUCAACGAGGGACCGGAAAUCCCUCCUCUCUCGGAGACACUGGAGAAAGCUGAGACGCCGCGCGAGGCCGGAAGUGGUGCGGGGGGGACUCCUUCCGGGGGGGGGAACGUCGUGACGGAAGUGGCCAUCCCCAGCUGUUGCGGUGGGCGCUCCAGCCGAGGAGAUGCUCCAGGCAGCCGAGUAGAGGGAGCCGGAGGACGGCUAGCGAGAGGGGCGCGGUGCGGACCAUGAGCUACGCCAGGCACUGGGGGGAAUGGUUCCUGAACCUGCGGGUGCCCCCCGCCGGGGUGUUCGCCGUGGCCUUCCUGGCCCGGGUCGCCCUGGUUUUCUACGGCGUCUUCCAGGACCGGACUCUGCUCGUGAGGUACACCGACAUAGACUACCACGUGUUCACGGACGCCGCGCGUUUCGUCACCGAAGGGCGCUCCCCUUACCUGAGGGCGACGUAUCGCUACACCCCGCUCCUGAGUUGGCUCCUCACCCCCAACAUCUACCUCAGCGAACUCUUCGGCAAGUUUCUCUUCAUCAGCUGCGAUCUCCUCACCGCCUUCCUCCUCUACCGCCUCCUGCUGCUCAAGGGGCUGGGGCGCCGCCAGGCCUGUGGCUACUGCGUCUUCUGGCUGCUGAACCCCUUACCCAUGGCGGUGUCCAGCCGAGGCAACGCGGACUCCAUCGUCGCCUCCCUGGUGCUUACGGCCCUGUACUUGAUAGAGAAACGACUCAUCGCGUGUGCCGGGCUCAUCUACGGGGUCGCGGUACACAUGAAGAUCUACCCGGUGACCUACAUCUUCCCCAUAGCGCUCCAUUUGCGGCCCGAGCGUGACAGUGACGAGGGUCUCCGGCAAGCCCGGUACUCUUUCCAGGCUCGUCUGUAUGACUUCUCGAAGAGGCUGUGUAGCUGGGCCGUGCUGCUCUUCGUAGCAGUUGCUGGACUCACGUUUUUUGCCCUGAGCCUCGGCUUUUACUAUAAAUACGGUUGGGAAUUUUUGGAGCACACCUAUCUUUAUCACCUGACCAGGAGGGAUAUCCGCCAUAACUUCUCACCGUACUUCUACAUGCUGUAUUUGACUGCAGAGAGCAAGUGGAGUUUUACCCUGGGCCUGGCUGCGUUCCUGCCACAGUUCAUCUUGCUUUUAGCUGUGUCUUUUGCCUAUUACAGAGAUCUUGUCUUUUGUUGUUUUCUUCAUACGUCCAUUUUUGUGACUUUUAACAAAGUCUGCACCUCUCAGUACUUUCUUUGGUACCUCUGCCUUCUGCCUCUGGUGAUGCCACUAGUGAGAAUGUCUUGGGAAAGAGCCAUAAUCCUCUUAUUGCUCUGGUUCAUAGGGCAGGCCUUAUGGCUGGCUCCUGCGUAUAUGCUAGAGUUUCAAGGAACGAACACCUUCCUGUUUAUUUGGCUAGCCGGUUUGUUCUUCCUUCUGAUCAACUGUUCCAUACUGAUUCAGAUUAUUUCCCAUUACAAGGAAGACCGCCUAACAGAGAGAAUCAAAUACGACUGAUGUGUCUUCUGUGCCUUCUGCAACCUCCUGGAAAAUUCUGAUUAUUUUGUGUGGACUGGAAAAGCUUUGGAAUUUUUUUUUCCCUCCCUGAACAUUUUAAGCACACUACUGAAAGUUCCCUUGUUCCAAAAGGAAUUGAAACCAAUGUUGGCCAUAUAUAUAAAGGGGCUCCAUUAAUUGAGGCCCACUCUUUAGAAAAUCUUAGUUCUCAGUUUUGUAAUGAAAAGUAAAGAUUUCUUGUUUGAUAGUUGGAAAGCUGAUGAAACUAGAAGAUGCUAAAAUAUUUUUCUACAGUAGAGAAAUAGAUAUUAGGUCUCCAGCAGUGUUUGUUCCUGUUAUACUGGGCCACUGCUUCAGCCCCUGCCUUUUGUUUCUGACAGUUGUGAAAAUUUACAAAGUUCACAGAGUACAACAUUUUUACAUAUAAAGUAUUAACACUUUCGUUGCUUAGUUGGGAAAGUUUAAUAUUUUGUAUUAAAUGUGGGGUCUUAGAAGAGGACUAAUUCAAAAAAUUUAAAUUGUGAUCAUGUAUUUCUUUUUUUUGUAAUUUAGUAUCAGCAGUAUUUUAUACAAAAAGAUUAAACUCAUCCAUCUUUAGAUCUGAGGGUUUUUUUAAUAUUUUUUAUUUUUUAAAGGAUUUAUUUAUUAUGUAUACAGUACCUGUAACCCAGGAAAGGGCAUCAGAUCUCAUUAUAGAUGGUUGUGAGCCACCAUGUGGUUGCUGGGAAUUGAACUCAGGACCUCAGAAAGCACAGACAGUGCUCCUAACCUCUGAGCCAUCUCUCCAGCCCCUAGAUCUGAGUUUUUAAAAAAUAAAUCAAACACUAUUAUCCUUUUUUUUUUUUAAUUGCUGGAAAGAUUUUCCAUCUAGAAUUUAAGCAGAAUAUUAUUGUCUUGUAAAAGUAAUAGAGUUUAGAUGAUAAAUCUUAAGUUUUGGAUAAAACUUUAUUUGCUCUAAUCUGGUUUUAUCACUUAAAUUGUUACAUUGUUGAUAAGGCAUCUCCUAGCUUAAAUCCUACACUGAAAAUACUUGAAAUACUAGAAAAGACUUGAGGAAGAUUCCUGUAAAGCAUAAAUGGCAUCCUUAGGACUCACUGGUCUAGAUCAUCAAGAGGUUGCAAGGGAAUUGAGGAAUUGCAGAAAUGAGGCUUCAGUGGGCAGGCCCUUAUUUAUCACUAUACUAUUCCUUGGGGUGGGAGUGGGGGUUGGAAUACUUUCUCAAUUGUAUGAAUAAGCAUCCUAAAGUAUUUUUGGAAAAGAUAGCCCAUCUAAGUUGAGAGUGUCCUAACAUUCAAAGAUGAGUAGCAGUAGAUCACUAUGAUUUUUGAGGUCAUGAUUUGGAAAAUAAAAACAGAUUGUUUUUCCAGAGUUAACAACCACAACAAAAAAACUCCUGAAAACAAAUACUACUCCAGAAUUUUUUUUUCCCCCUCUCAAGGCAAGCCUAAAAAGCCUUUGAGGAUAAAAUAUUUAUAGGCUGAUCAUAAUUCAAAAUUCUAUUACUGGCAGCAUUUCUUUGCUGGAUUCCUUUUGGGAUUUGGCCUUAGAAUAGAUGGCUUUUCUGUGGCUGUCUGUAAGAAAAGUGGUCAGUUGUAGAAAACAAUGACAUUUCCUAAAAUGUCAAAUUCUAUAUUCAUUAGCUCAUAAUUUAACAGCUCCUUUCUUAAGACAGUUUAAGUAGUGGCUUUCAAAUUAUGGCACAUGAACCUUUUACAAUCAUACAGUUAUGGGGAUUGAAACCUUCAGCGUUCUAGGAUGAAGUUCUAGGCAGAGUACUCUGCCACUGAGCAGUGUGUCCGGCCCCCCGUGAAAUGUGUUUGUGUACAUCUGACUUCUUUUGUUUUUGGUCUUUUACACAGUCUUGGUUCAAGCUGGCCUCAAACUUACUUCGAAGCCAAUGAUAACUUUGAACUCCUGAUCUGUCUCAUGCCUCUACUUCCCAAGAGCUGAGAUCACAGUUCUGUGAUUAACUCAGAAAUUCUUUAUCAAAAAACCCUGAGUCAGGGUUUCUCUGUGUAGCCAUAGCUAUCCUGGAACUCACUCUGUAGAACAGGCUGACCUCAAACUCACAGAUCUGCCUCUGCCUCUGCUUCCCAAGUGCUGGGAUUAGAGGUGUAUACCAUCACUGCCCAGCCUUUGUUUCUUAAGAGAAGCAGAAGAUAUUUUGCAGUUUAUCUGCUGCAAAACAUUUCAAUUUCAUUUAUGUGUAUGGGUGUUUUGCCUGUAUUUCUGUGCACCAUGUGCAUUCCUAGUGCCCAAGAAGAGGGCAUUGAAUUUCCUAGAACUAGAGUUACAGAUGGUUUUGAGCCGUCAUGUUGUGCUAGGAAUCGAACCUGAGUCCUCUCGAAGAGCCAUCAGUAUUCUUAAGCACUGAGCCAACUCUCAACCCCAUGCUGCAAAACAUUUAACAAGUUAAAUGGAGAAAUUGCUUGAUUUGGUCUCUUGGGUUUGACUUUUGCUUUGCAGCGUUUUUAAUUUGUAUUUGGGGAAGAGGCACGAAUACCACAGCCUGUGUAUGGAAGUCAGAUGCACCUGUAGACAUCAGAAGACAACUUGUGGUAGUCCACUUUCCUCUUUCCUGAGUGCCAGAUUGGGGUUAUCAGUCUUGGCAGCAGGUACCUUUUCACGCCAAGCCAUCUGAUUGCUUUGGCUUCCUUUCAUGUUACCUUUUGUUUCCUUAUUAGUCCUUAAAUAGUACUGUAAGUUUGUGUAGCUCUCUGACUUACUUUCUAUGUAAUUCUCUUGUUCUUAUUCUACCUUCAUUAUCUUUAUGUCACUGUAGCAGAUGUGUAAAUCAACUUGCAGAGAGAAAAGGUUUAUUUGGGGACAUGGAUUUAGAAGUUUCACUUUGAGAUUGGUUGGCCCUGUUUCAUCAGGCCUGUGAUGAAGUAGCGUCUGUGGCAGGGAGCACACAGUAAGAACAAGCAACCGCAUUGCAGGUGCAGAAGACCCGAAGGAGGGAUAUGGGCCUCCCAGUUCCCUUUGAGGUAUCAGUUCCCUCUGAUGCCUUAAAACACCCCGCUGGCCGGACCUGAAGUUCCCACAGCUUCCCAGCAGUGCCGCCGGCAAGGGAGGAAGCUAUGAACACCUGGGCUGUUGUGGGAAAAACUCAGAUCCACAGUACAGCAUCAGCCGUGUAAGACAGACUGAUUUACAGGCAAGCAUUUAAGAAGAGUGUCAAUCGAGAUAGGUUGUGGUAUAAACAGCACUGCGUGUUUUCUUCUCUAACUGCUUUUCUGAUGUCUCCAAAAUGUCCUUAAAGGCCUCAAGUUAAAUUCCCUGGAAUAGGAUCAUUAUUGUCUGUUUUGUUUUUUAGUUGUUGUAAGAUAUAGGGUCUCAUAGAGCCCAGGCUGGUCCCAAACCUGCAAUAUAACGGGCUGGCCUUGAACUCGCAUCCUCCUGAAUCUACCUCCCAGAUGCAGGGAUUAACAGGUGUGCUGGAUAACACCUGGUUUGGAUUAGGGUCUUUGGAAAAGCUGUGACAAUCCAGGAAUGUGCAACUCAGUAAGGAAAAACCAUAGAUCUCAGUUACUGACUUAACCGCUGUCUGGAUUUUAUAAGUAAUAUAAUGUUUCAUAUGUUGUAUAAAACUUGUCCUUUGGUUAAUUUAUGGCUGAAUAUAUUAUUUUUUAACAUCA